GCUUGCUGUCUGAACUGAAGCGGCAGCGAGCGGAGUGGGGCGACAGGCUUCCGUCUCUGGGCUGCGGAAACUACCCAGCGAAAGCCAGCGAGAGUGGCAGUGAUUGAGGAAAGGAGAACCGCUUUACUCGAAGUCUCGGUUCAGUUAAAUAUCCGUUACACUGCAUCUUCCCCUCAUUGAAGGGAAAGGCCUGCGGAGAUGGGCGACAAGGCGGGGACCAGAGUCUUCAAGAAGUCCAGCCCCAACUGCAAGCUCACCGUAUACUUGGGGAAGAGGGACUUUGUGGAUCAUCUAGACCACGUGGACCCUGUAGAUGGGGUGCUCUUGAUUGACCCAGAAUACCUUAAAGACAGAAAAGUGUUCGUGACCCUGACGUGUGCCUUCCGUUAUGGCCGUGAAGAUCUGGACGUGCUGGGCCUGUCUUUCCGAAAGGAUCUCUUCAUUUCCAGCUUCCAAGCAUAUCCCCCUCUGCCUGAGGAGCGCAAACCUCUCAGUCGCCUACAGGAGAGACUGCUCAAGAAGCUGGGCCAGAACGCAUACCCCUUCAACUUCACAAUUCCUCAGAACCUUCCCUGCUCAGUGACUUUACAGCCCGGCCCAGAGGACACAGGAAAGGCAUGCGGAGUUGACUUUGAGGUCAGGGCAUUCUGUGCCAAAACUGUGGAUGAGAAGACUCACAAACGGAACUCGGUGCGGUUGGUCAUUCGCAAGGUGCAAUACGCUCCAGAGAAGCCUGGUCCACAGCCAAUGGUGGAGACCACACGCAGCUUCCUUAUGUCUGACCGCUCCCUUCACCUCGAGGCCUCGCUAGAUAAAGAGCUCUACUACCAUGGUGAACCUAUCAGUGUUAACGUUCAUGUCACCAACAACUCCACCAAAACAGUUAAACGAAUUAAAAUCUCUGUGCGACAGUAUGCCGAUAUCUGUUUGUUCAGCACCGCACAGUACAAAUGUCCUGUGGCUCAGGUAGAAGCUGAUGACCAGAUGUCACCCAGCUCCACGUUCUGUAAGGUGUACACACUCACCCCCACACUGAGCAAUAACCGAGAGAAGAGGGGUCUGGCUCUGGAUGGACAGCUAAAACACGAAGACACCAACUUGGCCUCCAGUACCAUAGUAAAGGAUGUGUCCAAUAAGGAGGUCCUGGGAAUCUUGGUUUCCUACAGAGUUAAAGUCAAGCUCGUGGUGUCUCGUGGAGGUGAUGUGUCGGUGGAGCUGCCUUUUGUCUUGAUGCACCCAAAGCCCUCCGAACAGCCCAACUCUAGACCGCAGUCAGCUGUGCCAGAGUCAGAUGUCCCUGUGGACGCCAACCUCAUAGAGUUUGAAACAAAUAAUUUCUCACAGGAUGAUGACUUUGUGUUUGAGGACUUUGCAAGGCUCAGGCUGAAGGGAAUGAAAGAUGAAGAGGAUGAUCACUUCUGCUAACGGCCCCUUCACACACACAUGACACCGUGUGAAGGGCGACAGGGGUGGGGUGUCAACCUGCCAGUACUCUCAUACCUCUGCUCCACUGGGCCCAUCUGAUAGAGUGGCGCACUUACUGAUAUUUUCAGAGCCUCCUUUCUUUCCUUCACUCCUUCUUUGUCUGUUGACUCCCUUUCACACCAUUUUAGCAUCUGUGAGGUGGUCUUUUAAUUGACCUCCUGUUUCUCUGGUCACAUGAACCACUUCACUGGGAUGUUUAUUUGUUGGAUAAAAAGAUUGAGAGAGAAGGAAACAGAGGGAGAAACUGAUGUUAGAUGGGUCAUCUAAACAUCAAUGCAUUGUUGGUGGGCAAAGGGUCCAUUCAGGGGUGAUUUUUUUUUCUUUUCUUUUUUUUUCUUUUUUUUUCGUUCUUUACCUUUUUGAUUUCUUGUCAUCAUAUUCCCACUUAUAUAUCAAGUGGGCAUUAAUAGCUAUGUAAUUAUGAUAUAUGUUCUAUGCUAUUUCAUUGUACAGUACAUACACUGUUCACAAACACCAUAGGGAAAUUGAGUUUGGUGUUAAUUUUAUUCCAUUUUCCUAGACCCGUAAUCCAAUCCAUCCAUACUUGCUUAUCAGCUUUAGGCCCGGUUUCACAGACAGGGCUUAGACUAAACCAGGAUUAGGCCAUAGUUCAAUUAGG